CCUGCGUAGAGACUGGCGGGUUUGAGCCUCUGGGAUCGCUGUUGCAGCUCGCCCAUAGUCCCUGUCCACUGCGCAGACCUCGGCCCCAAACUCAGUGGCGAGCACGGAGGUGACAGACUCCUAGAUUUCGGAGUAGCCCUGCCCAGAAGCCGCGGCAUCUGCGUCCGCACGGCCCCCAGCCCAGACAGGUGCUGCGCUGGAACUGUUCUGAGCCCGCCGGUGACGCCCGCCGGGUCCCGCUGGCCUUCGAGCCCAGCCAUCCGCUUGCCGUCGGGGCAUCCCGGGGCCUCGGGCCCGGCCGCAGAGCGGAUGCGCGCCCGCUGAUCGCCCCGACCCGGCCCGAUAUGGCCGUGCGCCCCGGCGCGCUCUGGAUACUGGGCCUGGCGCUGUACGCGCUGGGCAGUGGUGGCCCCGGCCCACGCCCCCCGCCCGGCUGUCCCCCGCGUCGUCUGGGCGCUCGCGAGCGCCGCGACAUGCAGCGCGAGAUCCUGGCGGUGUUCGGGCUGCCCGGGCGGCCCCGACCCCGCGCGCCGCCCGCCGCCGCCCGCCUGCGCGCCUCGGCGCCGCUCUUCAUGCUGGACCUCUACCACGCCAUGGCCGGCGACGACGACGAGGACGGCGGGUCCCCGGAGCGGCGCCUGGGCCGCGCGGACCUGGUCAUGAGCUUCGUCAACAUGGUGGAGCGAGACCACACCCUGGGCCACCAGGAGCCCCAUUGGAAGGAGUUCCGUUUUGACCUGACCCAGAUCCCGGCAGGGGAGAGAGUCACAGCCGCAGAGUUCCGGAUUUACAAGGCGCCCAGCACCCACCCACUCAACAGGACACUCCGUGUCAGCAUGUUCGAGGUGGUGCAGGAGAGAUCCAACAGGGAGUCUGACUUGUUCUUUUUGGAUCUUCAGACGCUUCGAGCUGGGGACGAGGGCUGGCUGGUGCUGGAUGUCACAGCAGCCAGUGACCGCUGGCUGCUGAGCCGUAACAAGGACCUGGGACUCCACCUCUAUGUGGAAACUGAGGACGGGCACAGCAUGGAUCCUGACCUGGCUGGUCUGCUGGGGCAACGGGCACCACGCUCCAGACAGCCUUUUGUGGUCAUUUUCUUCAGGGCCAGUGUGAGUCCGGUCCGUGCCCCUCGGGCAGUGAGGCCACUGAAGAGGAGGCAGCCGAAAAGAACCAACGAGCUGCCGCACCCCAACAGACUCCCGGGGAUCUUUGAUGACAUCCACGGCGCCAGCGGCCGGCAGGUUUGCCGUCGGCACGAGCUCUAUGUCAGCUUCCAGGACCUCGGCUGGCUGGACUGGGUCAUCGCCCCUCAAGGCUACUCCGCCUACUACUGUGAGGGGGAGUGCUCCUUCCCGCUGGACUCCUGCAUGAACGCCACCAACCACGCCAUCCUGCAGUCCCUGGUGCACAUGAUGAAGCCGGAUGCAGUCCCCAAGGCGUGCUGUGCGCCCACCAAGCUGAGCGCCACCUCGGUGCUCUACUAUGACAGCAGCAACAACGUCAUCCUGCGGAAGCACCGCAACAUGGUGGUCAAGGCCUGCGGCUGCCACUGAGCCCGCCCACCCAGCCCUGCUGGCCGCCCCUUCCUAUCCCGGUCAGGUGCCGCUCCAGGGUCAGGACGCCCUCAGACCCCGCCAGAGCCCAGGCUGGGCUGGCAGGGAGCCUGUCAUUUCCCCUGCCUACUUCCUGCCAGGUUUCUGGUCCUUUCAAGGUCCUUCCAUCCCGGACCAGCUGUCUCCCCACCCAAUCCUUUGGUGGCAUAAUGCGCCCAGCGGUCUUGGAGCUGGGCAGUGUGCUGUGCUGGCUGCACUGACUGGGGUCAACACGGACGUCCUAUGUUAGGACCUGUGGUGGUUGCAGGCCCAGACUCUGGCCUCUGGAUGGUCUGAGGUUGGCCGAGUUGGGCCUUGCACCUCUGACCACAGGGUUUGGAUAUGGGCAGAAGGGCUCUUCCCUUCCCAGGUGCCUGCAGCACAGGCAUACUUCUGGGGCAUAAUUAGACAUGCACACGUCCCAGGUACCAUGUGUCACUGGAUUCCUGUAACUUGGCUUAUGGGCACAGUUAGCGUAUUAUACAAGAACAAGCUGGAUGGGCUCCAUGACCUCAGGUUGAAGCUUGUGGGUACAUGUUAUGACAGGUGUCUUUCCGGCCCUGUGCCUGCCCCUUCUCCUGCCUGGGGAAGAGGUGUGACCCACAAAGCGCCAAUGAACCUAGGGAGCUUCAAGUUCCUUCAUCUUCCCUCACAGCGCUGACUCACAUCAGGGUCAUCAGUGACAUAAAGUUAAACUCACAGCAGAAACAAGGACAGUGGCUCCAGUGUGUGGUCCAGGCUGGCAGAGAUGCUACCACAGCUUACCCCCUUAACCACAGCCAGUAUCUAUAAUCUACUUGUGUACCUUCCCCACUGAACCUGGCCAGGGCCUCAGGACUUCAGCAUGGAGCUACAGCCACCACCAGCUGUCAAUUGGCAUGAACUGAGUUUCCCCUUCCUGCCCACUGAGGAGCCAUCCAUGCCACCCAAAGCAUGUGACUGGGCAGCCUUUACUUGUGUCUGGAGUUCAGAACAGGCUAGUCACCAAAGUCUGCAUCAUCAAGACACCCUGUCCUAUGUCUUGGGCCUGUGAGUCAAAGAAAAAGUCCCUGUCCCCGGGAGUGACAGGGGGUCAUUAGACUGAGCUGGGUGGGGAGGUUUGUCUCAGCCCCUGCUAUUUCGGGAAACCGCUGUUCUCCCUGGAACAGCUGCUGGGACCUGGGGUGUUUAUUUGAUUUCUGACUUGCUAGACCUGUAAUUUACCUGCCGGAACAGAGUCUGGCUGCCUGAACUGUGCCAUUAAAAGCAGACCCUGGGCCUGCACCACACAGGCACGGCCUCGCAAGGAGCCUCCUGUGUGCCCAAGGAUGCACCUCACUGGAGUUCACACAUUGCACAUGGAAGAGGGGCCUGAAGGAGGGCAGGGCUGGAGGCUGGACAGCGGCCCACCAGCCUGGACCAGUGCAGAGGAAGACACCCUUCCCUGUACACUAGGGUGGGCCUCAGCUAUCUGGAAGGUGGUAAGCUCCCCAUUAGCCUAGGAUUUCAAGCACAGGUUGGCAGGGAGUGGAGAAGACACUGGCCUCAAUGUCAGGAGACCAGUUUUCUGGAGAGCCAUUGGCUUGGUGUCAGAACAAGUUCCCAUUCUUAGUCACAUCUCAGCUUCCCAUCUGUGUCAUGAGCACAUAGGGCUUUCUUCAUUCCAAAGGCCCUGCCAGCCAGAGAAUCUAUGCCACCCUGACCCUGUCUCCAGGCCUGAGAGCCCUGCUGGAGAGUUCACUUGCUGUUUCAGAACCCAAUUUAACAGCUAUCUCCUCCUCUCCUCCCACUGUCAGGGGCAGUCGAGGUUUGGACACUAUUUGACAAAUGUCAAUCUUUAGUCUCUUCACUGCCCAGUAUAUAAGCUGGCCACUGUGAAAUGAAUGUUCUGAAGAUGCAGCCUGCCUGCUUGCCUGCCGGGCACACAGAGCAGGCACGUGGGUGGCCUGAUGCAACUUCCUUGUCAUGGUGCCAAGUGGAGAGCAUGGUCACAGCCUUCCCGAUGGCUGGCCAUCCAGGCAACACCAAAUGACAUCAAAUUGAAAGGUCCUCUGAGAAGGGAGGUUAUUAUGGACACAAGCUGAGGAGGGUCAGUGCUGUCGCCGACCAUCUUGCUGGUCUGGCUGCCUGGCCCAGGAUACGUUCAAGGUUGCACAUUACAAGUGUUAAGUAAGGGUGGCCCACUCAGCCCACUGGCAGCAAGAAGCCAGCACUGAUGGAGAGGACACAAAGGAAGGGCCCAUUCAGUGUUGUUUUCACAACUGCAACCCAGGGCUGGGCUUGAUACCAGGUGAGCUCUAGAAAGUGGGUAACGUAAAUCCCCACAAUUCCACUGAAGAGGCUGUGAGCAGGAGCGGGCAAGUGUGAGGGUCAAGCAGAGCUGACAUUACACACCCUUUACCUGCUCCUUCCUCUGGAGAAGGGGCUAUCUGCCUCUGUGAGGCCUCGAGCGCCAGAGGGCCAGACGUGUCACAGGGCUCUUGGCACCAUGCAGACACACGUGAUAAACAGUACCUAUGACCAGACUCAUUUUAACAGACUUGCAUACGUGGGCCUGCCCUGAAUGCCCCCCUCCUCCUGGAAUGUGCCCUGGAGGGGCUGCUGUAUUUACCUCAAAGCUGUGCUUUCCUAAAAUAUCUAAACACAGUCAACUCUGGGGAUGAGGUGUGGCCUGCACCCUCACCUGCUUGAGGAAGGAGUCUGGGCCCACAGGGACCAGGGCGCUGGAGUCUCCCUGAGGCAGUGGCAGGCGGAAGACUCCCCCAGCCCUGUGCUCUCUCCUCAAGCUGAUGGGAAACUUUCUAUCCCAUGUUUCUCUUCUUACUAGAAAGCCUUGAGCAAGCAUUAGUGCCCCAUAUUUUUAAAUUUUCUCCUCACUUUAGAAAAUAGAACAUGCGCUGGUGAAAAUUUUGAUAAAAAAU